AUAACCCUGUCCUCUGAAAUGAGUUCAGACCAGAGCCGCUUCGAUAUUGAUCAAAUUAUUGUGAAAAUCGUUAUAGAUAAAUUUCAUGAAUUAUUCAUUGCAGUAAGUUACAUACCGCCAUUAAGUCCAAUUGAAUUGUUUAAAAUUCAUACAAGUAAUUGUUGCUCGAUAUUGAAUAGUCUAUAUGAUAAUCAAAACAUUAUAAUAUUGGGUGACUUUUAUUUGCCAAAUGUUAAAUGGUGGUUUGAUGAUGACGUUAAGCAAUUUUUGCCAAAUGAUGUAACAAGCGAGAGUGAAUGUGGGGUACUCGACACCUUUGCUGAGUUUAACCUCUCUCAACUUAAUAGAGUUCAUAAUGACAAAAAUCGUAUUCUUGAUUUAGUGUUUACUAAUAAUGAUCUUAAAUCUGACGUCGAAUGCCUCUCUUCACCCCCUCUUUCAAACUCUAUGCAUCACAAAGCACUAUGUAUACGCUUUGAAUUUAUAAAUUAUUUAAAAUCAGUUAUUUAUAAUUGUAAGAACUAUAAUUUCACUACAGCCAAAUUCAUUGAGAUAUCACGCUCGCUGAAUUCUGUUGGUUGGGAAUCUGCCUUAGACAAAGCUCUAUUGUCACAGGCCUACGACGUAUUUCGAGACAACCUGGAAGCGGCAAUUGAAAAGUUCGUACCUAUGAAGCCAGUAAAAAAUUUGUCCAAACCAGCCUGGUAUAACUCUGGGCUUAUUAAUAGAAACAACAAGAAAACUAAGACGCACAAGCUGUAUCGCAAAUCGAAAGACAAUUUUGAACUUUUUGAAGCCUACAGUAGUUUACAAAAAGAGUUUGACGCUCUGAAUAAAUUUUUAUACCAGAGCUAUAUACUGAACAUUGAGAGCGAAAUAAGAAUAAAUAGUAAACGGUUUUGGCAGUUUAUAAACAGCAAAAAGAAAAACACCGGAAUUCCUGAUCUGAUGCAUUAUUUGGGUGAAUCCCCGACGGACGUUCAAACUAUUUGUAACCUGUUUGCCUCCUUCUUCCGAUCUGUUUAUGUUCCUCAGUCUGAAACCGGAACAGUCAAUAACCUACAUAGCAGCACACUCGUGCUUAAAGGCUUACAGCUUUCAGCUGAAGAAGUUCUAGCUGGCCUUUUGGAUUUGCCAAAUGACCCAAAUCCUGGAGAAGACGGUUUCCCUCCUACUUUAUUAAAGAACUGCGCUUCGGCGUUAGCUCUGCCUCUAUCAAUUAUUUUUAACAAAUCCCUAUCAUUAGGGGAAUUCCUACAUAAUUGGAGAAAGUCCUUCAUUAUACCUAUUCAUAAGUCUGGGAGCAAGUCGGACAUACAAAAUUAUUGUCCAAUCUGUAAAAUUUCAAGUAUACCAAAACUUUUCGAAAAACUUGUCCAUGAUAGGAUUGUUUUCCAGAUUUCUGGGCUCAUAUCGCCUUAUCAGCACUGAUUCAUUAAGGGUAGGUCCACUUCUUCAAACUUGGCCUUAUUUUCAAAUUUUAUUUUAAAACAAUUCGAAAUCGGUCAACAAUUCGGUGUCAUUUUCACCAACUUCUCGAAAGCCUUUGAAAAGGUGAAUCAUAAAACACUACUUGGAAAGCUGGAAUCAAUUGGACUUCAUGCUAGCACGCUUAAGUGGCUUGCAUCUUUCUUGCUGAUUGGACCCAAUUCGUCCGCAUAAAUAACACUAAAUCAGAUGCGAUUAAAGCCACUUCUGGUGUACCACAAGGCAGCCACCUGGGACCGUUACUUUUCAUCAUCUUAUGCUCGGCUUCUUAAUGAGAAAUUCAAAUGAAUUCCGCGACCUUUUCACUCUCAAGAGCUUGUAUUUUGCAUUUGUAAGAUCCAAUCUUGAGUAUUGCAGCAUCAUUUGGGAUCCUUUCUAUUCGGGUUCAUCCUUAAGGAUUGAGAAGGUCCUGAAACGCUUUACAAGAUAUGCCAUUCACUUCCUGAAUUGGAAUUGUAGUAUGCCUAAUUAUAACAGUAGGUGCCUUAUGCUGGCAUUGCCAACGUAGACAAAUUUCCUUGAUAAUGUUUAUUAGGGACAUAGUAACGAGUCAUAUCAAUUGCCACUUCUUGCUUGAGCUUAUUCAUUUCAAUUGUCCUGCUCGGGAUCUCAGAUUCAGCGACAUGUUCUAUUUACCUUAUUGCAAGACCAACUUCAUGCUUAAUGAGCCGCUUACACGUUGUCUGAGGCAGACUAACCAUGUUUGUAAAAAUUUAGAUGUAUUCUCAAAUUCUCGUGAGUUUUUUAAAUCUAAACUAAAUCUCAGGCUGCAUUUUUUAAAUUGUAAUUAGUCUCUCUAUUUUAUGGUAGGUCUAUGUUUACACAUUUUUAUUGUUCAUUAUUAUUUUUUAAAUUUUUAGUAAUCUAUUUGAGUUGUACUCUAAUUGAUGAAUUAAAUAAAUAAUAAAAAAAUUAAUAAAAAAAUUAAUAAAAAAAUUAAUAAAAUUCUAAUAAAGCUA